GGGCGGGCGGGCGGUUCUGGAGCUGCCAAGCUGCCGAUAGGAGUUGCUGCGGGGCGCAGAUUACAUUUCUGAAACCAUCACACCCAGCAAUCUAUCUAUGGGUGGCGGCGGAGGCCAGGAGGAGGCGGCGGCGGCUUGCUUUAAAAAUAAAAAGCUGAAUCCUACCUAGAUUAUUUUUUAUUUUUUUUAAAGGCUUGGGAUGGUCAUGACGAUGUUCGGAUGACUUAAUAUCUCCCCCUCCAGCCUUCCUAUGAGCUGUUCUUGGAACCGAGAUUCUCCCCCCUCCCCGCCUCGCCCGCUCCCUUCCCUCUUUGGCGUAUGAGGGUGGCAGGGAUAUUUUUAAACCGGAGAUGGGGCGGGAGCGGUAGGGGUGGGGAGAGAGGUUGUUGUGAUCUGGCCUGGCAGCAGCACUAGGUUGGGGGGCUGAGGAGGAACCUUGCGGGGCAGAGCGGUGGACAGAGAGGAGGAGGAGGAGAUACCCACACAAGGCAAACACGCACACGCACGGCAUUGAAUGGCUGCAGCAGCCCAGGCAGGAGAGCAGACCUGCCAAGCGUGGUGCCAGCCGAGAGACAAGGGAGAAACCUUUCCCAACCUGAUCCCUCUAUUAUUCCGCUAGCAUCUGGCUCCCUCCUUUGGCUGCUGCAGGGCGAGGAGGAGGAGGAGGAGACGGAGGAGGGGCCUUGAUCACACAUUAUUAGUAGUAGUAUUGGUCUUCUUAUUAUUAUUCCUCUUGUGCAGGGAGGUGAUUCCUAGCUCCGGCGCCUGCCCUGCUUCCUCCUCGGCUGCUGCUCCUCUUCCUCCUCCGCGACGUCUUCCUCCUCACCCAUCCUCUUCUCCUUCAUCUUUCCACCAGCCCGCGGCCCCCUCCCCCGCUUGUGGGCUGCUCGCUCGCCGCUCUUCCCCCCCCCCCGCCCCUGCGGAGGCUGCUGCUGCUGCUGGGGUGAAGGGGGAGGUGGAGGGCUUUCGCCCAGGCUGAGCCAUGCCGGGGGGCGGCCGCGGCUGCUGGAUGCAGGGAUGGGGCGAGACGCCGCUGCGGAUCCCAGCAUCUCCCCACCGGGGGCCCAGGAGGCAGAGGAGCCGUCGCCGCCGCUCCUGCCGCUGCUGAAAGACAACGGGCGAUGGGAUGAAGAUGAGACGCCACAAGCUCUUUCUGACUCUGUGCAUGGGUGGUCUCUGCCUCAUCUCCUUCCUGCACUUCCUGAAAGCCCUCUCCUAUGUCACCUUCCCCAGGGAGCUGGCAUCACUUAGCCCCAACCUGGUCUCUAACUUUUUCUGGAACAAUGCACCAGUCACGCCGCAGGUCAGCCCUGAGCCCGGGGACCCAGAUUUCCUCCGUACGCCCCUGUGCUCCCACUCGCCUCUGCUCCAGCCUCUAUCACCCAGUCGGGCUGGUGAGGAGCUGCACAAAGUUGAGUUUGUGCUGCCCGAAGACACUACAGAAUACUUCGUACAUACCAAAGCUGGUGGGGUCUGUUUCAAGCCAGGCACCAGAGUACUGGAAAAGCCCCUAGCAGGCCGGCCAGAUGAAAAAAUGGAGGGAAUAGCUUCAGGACGCACGGGCCGGAAACCUCUGAGCGCCCCUGGGAUGAAGCGGCGUAAGUGGGUGGAGUGUGUGUGCCUACCUGGUUGGCAUGGUCCUAGCUGUGGAGUGCCCACUGUGGUUCAGUACUCAAAUCUCCCCACUAAAGACCGCCUGACACCCCGGGAGAUACCACGGAGAGUCAUUAAUGCCAUCAAUGUCAACCAUGAGUUUGAUCUCUUGGAUGUGCGUUUCCAUGAGUUGGGCAAUGUUGUUGAUGCCUUUGUGGUCUGUGAAUCCAACUUCACUGCAUAUGGUGAGCCUCGCCCGCUCAAAUUCCGUGAGAUGCUGCUCAACGGCUCCUUUGACUACAUCCGACACAAAGUGCUGUACGUCUUCCUGGAUCACUUCCCCCCUGGUGGACGCCAGGAUGGCUGGAUUGCUGAUGAUUACCUGCGCACAUUUCUGACCCGGGAUGGCAUCUCCCGCCUCCGCAACUUGCGACCGGAUGAUGUUUUCAUCAUUGACGAUGCUGAUGAGAUCCCUGCCCGCGACGGUGUGCUCUUCCUUAAACUUUACGAUGGCUGGACAGAGCCCAUUGCUUUCCAUAUGCGCAAAUCUCUGUAUGGAUUCUUCUGGAAGCAGCCUGGCACCCUGGAGGUGGUUUCUGGUUGUACCGUGGGAAUGCUCCAAGCCGUUUAUGCCACAGAUGGGAUCCGCUUGCGCCGGAGGGAAUACUACACCAUGCCUGGCUUCCGGCAGUAUGAGAACAGCACGGGUCACAUCCUGGUCCAGUGGUCGCUGGGCAGUCCUCUCCACUUUGCCGGCUGGCACUGCUCUUGGUGCUUCACGCCCGAAGGGAUCUAUUUCAAACUGGUGUCAGCCCAGAACGGGGACUUCCCCCGUUGGGGUGACUAUGAGGACAAGCGAGACCUCAAUUAUAUCCGGGAGUUAAUCCGGACUGGUGGGUGGUUUGAUGGCACCACCCAAGAGUACCCUCCUGCAGACCCCAAAGAACAAAUGUACGCCCCCAAGUACCUGCUGAAGAACUACCGGCGGUUUCGUUACUUACUGGAGAAUCCUUACCAAAAGGCAGAGGGGGCUGGGUGAGGGAGUGUGGCUUGCAUGGGAAACUGGGACCGUGGAAAAUGGUGGGGGGAGAAACUGAGUUGUGUCUUUUGUUUUUCCUUCUCUUCCCCCCUCCCCUGCUGGGGAAACAUACUUUCUGUCCAGUCUCUGCCUGCCCCGUUGGCGGGUGUGGGAUUCCUAAUCAUGUUUAUGAUGAUCACAGGAAGCAGGAACUGGCCCUGAGAGCUAGUGGGUGACUGGCACAGCUCCUCCACCUCUCUUGCAGGACAGAAGAUCUUCUUCUGCAGCUAGCAGAUGGGGAGAUCCGCCCUCUCUGCCUGACGUGGAGAGAACAUGUAGGAGCAUGCUGCUGGAUGUGUGAUUACGUGAAUGUGCAGAGACCUCCACAAGUCGUCUUAUAAUUUAGCUGAGGCUGGUGUCAAACUCCACCUUUUAAAAGUCCUUCUAAGUCAUUUGAAGCCAGUGACUUCCCCAUUGGCCCCUUAAUUCUCCCCACAGAGACUGUGGGCAAGGGAAAAGGUAGUUUGAAGGGGUACAGAUCUGAAAUUUUUCUGUCUUGCUUGUUUUGCGGAGCAUGUGAUAAAACUUUGCCAAAGAGCACACUCAUUCUGCCCUUGGGUACCUGUGCUCUUGUGGCUAGAACAGAUGGCUGGCAAGUGGAGUGUGUGUGUGUGUGUGUGAGAGAGAGAGAGAGAGUGAGAGUGAGAGAGUGAGUGAGUGGGGGCGGUAUGCUUGUAGAUAAUGAGAGGUCUCCUUGUGCUUAUCUUGGUUAUGUUUAGAGUGUGUGAGGUAUAGCCAUUGGGUGUAAGGGCAGGUGUGCACACAUACUGGGGGUGGCACCAAAGAACUCUUUCCAUCUAAUACUGGACAUACAGGUAAACCACUACAAACUGGUAGGGUAUGAGGGCUGAGAAGCUGUCUGGUCGGCCUCUUCUGCAACAACACAAUGAGAUAUUUAUAUCAACACUUCCCACUAAAAUGGGUGUAUGUGAGGGGACUGAGAGUGGGGGUUUUUUCUAAGAAAAAAAGAGUUUAGGAUUCUGAAUAGAGACGCCCAUCUAUAAUGCAUGUCCUGCCACUUCUGGAGCAGGAGAGAGAGAAAGGUAUUUGGCUCUGUGAUGCCGCCAUUUUGAGGACAAUGCUACAUUAUUGGUAUGCAAAAACUAGACCUAAAUGUGUGGCAGGCAUAAAGGGAGGGUGUGUGAUGGAACGGACAUAAGAGGGCCCAGCAGUCAGAUCUGGAUUCAGGUGAAACAGGUUGUGACCCUGUGUUAGGUUUGCUGUUAUAGGAAGAUUUGAAAGAGUGAGCCACUGUGCUUUACUGCACAAAAUGGGUGGCACAUCUGCAGUAGCAGGAGGACUGUGUUAUCUGAAAAAAGGUUCUUUGACUGGAAGAGUGUGGUGUUCUGACAUCUGGUGUGUUUGUCUAUCUGUUUAUCCUCUGCUUUCACUUUCUAACUACUUGUAUGUACACUCCUCCCUCUACAAGAUGUAGAAAGUGCUGCGUCAAUGUCAGGGUUGCACAACUUUGGCCCUCCAGGUGCUGUUGGACAAUUCUCAUCAUUCCUGACUAUUGGCCACUGUGGCUAGGGAUGAUGAGAGUUGUAGUCCAACAACAGUUGGCCAAGACUGUGCAGUCCUGGUCUAUGCUAUGACUUUCCUUUAGCAGCAUCCCUGAUGUUCAGUCUCCAUGAUGCAAUCAGCCAGUUCUCACACUCAAUGCAUGUGGUGCAUUGACUCUCUUUUUGAUGCAGUGACUGGCCUUGUGGAUGCUCUGACAUCUCCAGAGAGAGCGGUUCCUCCUCUAGCAGCCAGCUUUCUGGAAGGUGGUGAGCUAUACCCUCAACAUUUGCAGCUGCAAGAUGGUACCAGUGUGGACCAACUAAAUCCAGCUUGUGUUAUGUCAUUUAAAAAUGGCUGUGAUUGAAUUGGCCCUUAUGCCCUUAAAAUGAAGUGAAUUUUAUUUGUAAAGCAGCUAGAGAGCAUGCAGCCCAUAGGAAGCAUGCAGCUUCCUUUUCAUGUUUGUUGGAAUGGCAAAUGGUUAGACUUGCGCUGCCACUUGUACACAACAACGAGGCACUUCUGACUGGUGCUACUUAUUGACGGAUUUUCUCUCUCUCUCUCUCUCUCUCUCUCUCUCUCUCUCUCUCUCUCUCUCUCUCUCAUAUUAUAUGUUGUUGCCUUGGAGAAGAGAGGAAACAUGAACCACAAUGGGUACCAUGGCAGAGAGAUUUGUAUAGAUGAUGGUGCUUUGUAGAACAGUCUUCAGGCUGCUUUGCUAAAGUGAAUGUGUGGCAGGAGCAAAGGAACUAUCGAGUAACCUGAAGUUAGUGAAGCAUUAGGGCAAUCCUGAGGGUAAUGGAAUCAGGCAUGUUACCACUGUUUCAAUGACUGUAGCCAUAAGCAAAAUUUCACACACAUGCAAGAAAACAUCUCCUAUUAUAAAGAGAUGUUCCUUAUUUUUACAAAACCCUUAAAUAUUAUAAAUAGUGUCUGAAACAUGCAAAAUUGGCCAGUAAUGGAAGCAGAAUUUUUGGACAUUUCUAAUUCUGUUACUGAUGUAUUUUGCACAUUUCAGACACUAUAAUAAUGGUUUGGUAAAAAUAUGGAAUUGCCUGUUAGUCAUUUCCAGGACCACACAAGGGACUAUAAAAAGAUGGAGGGGAGAGGUUUCCAUCCCCCAUUUCUGGGAGGAACCAAGAGUGUAGAUAUUAGUUCUUAUGACCUAAUCUGCCAGUUAAAACAAAGUACGUUCCUUCAAAACUGGGGUGUUUAUGGGAGAUGCACUCAAAGUGACAACUGCUGAGAACUUGAGUGUUUGCUAUACAGCAGUUCCUGAUUCCAAACCUAAGGUAGAUCUGAAUCAUUGAGCUUGAACACCAAAUAGGAUUGGUUCAGACAAUAUUUCCCUCCACCCACCCCAAACUGACCCAUGCAGUUUGAGGGGGGACACACUGAGAUUGUCCUGAUAUCUUUCUGGGACAUACUGAACAUCUUCUAGCAUGUUUCUUUGUCACAUGGGAAGCAAGAAUGGCGCUUCAGACAAGCCAUGCCCCCACGUAAUAAAGAAUCACCUGGGAGGGUGUCGGGACAGGGCACACUCUUGGUGCAUCUCCCUUCUUAAUAACAUUGGCCAGUUUUGGAGGGGAAAGUAUUAUUUGAACCGGCCGAUAGAUGCCCAGUCAAGAAACAAUGACCAAAGCAACAACUUUGCUAUGUCCGCAGUACUGUGCUGCUUGAGACACGGCACUCCUUGCUCCAGUCCAGCUUGGUGUUCAUUUUUAUUCCUUCACUUGCUCUACAGGGCAUGCUUUGUGUGCGUGAGUGCAUCUAGACUUUCAAAAUUACUGCUCAUGAAUUCUUAAUGCUCUCAUCCUUGCAGUCUCUAGGCUCCAUUUGUCACCGAAGUACACAGUGAGGUGAUCCCCAGCUCCCUCUUGAACCUUUCCACAAUUCUUUUCUCUUGCUCCCUCUCUCUUUUUUCAUUUCCUUGGCUUUCUCCCCUCCUCCGCAGUUGUGUGUGCAAGAAACAGAUCCCAUUGUAACUGGAUAAGUUCACACUGAAUUCCUUUGGGACUCUGAAAAGACAUUUUUGUUCUGGUCCCCUUCCUUGUCUGCACCAAAAUGAAACUUGAAACUGACCCCUGUGGGGAGGAAAAACAGAAUUCACCAUAAAAGCAUUUGCUUUAAAAAAACUAACAAACAAACAAAACCAAAGCCAAAAAUAAAAACUUUGCAUAUGGUGGCUUUUCUAGAACUUCCAGUUUAAGGACAGUCUAUUUAAUUAUUUAUUAUGUAGUUAGAACCUAGUCUCACAGAGUCUAUAUUGAGGAACUUUGCACUAACGAAAAGCCUUUGGACUUCUGCAUUCCUGGUGGGAGGGGGCAGCAGGGCAGCUAAGGAAGAAAUUACACAUUGGAAAUGCCUCAGAGAGUUAGGCACUUGAUCUUACCCCCAACUUUGUAGAAUAUAAAGGGUUGCUUUUAAGCAGUGGACUUGGUUGUUCAUGAUAAACGCACUAUUAAGCCUGAAGGAGCUAUUGAAAAUGAGUAAGCCAAAUCCUACAUAUGCUGAACAGAUAGAUGAGGAGGAAGAGAGUGCUUCUUUCAUAAGCCACAGGAGAGGGCACAAUGGUGACUGAGCCAGAGUGGACUAGGUGAAGAGGUCUUAGGCAAGAAUCUUACACGGAAUUCUACAAGUGUCGGGGCUGAUACAAAGAAAGAGGUCACAUCCCAUUAUACCAUUGUGGCUGCAGUGAUUAUAUCUUCCAUGUAUUGUUCGAGGUGAUGUUUGUGGAUUUUUGAAGGGAAAUCUGUUUUUAAAAUUGUGUCACUUUAAUAGGGGGAAAGGGCAGGCAGAUUUCAAAAAUCAGAUUUGUAGGAUUCUUCCCUACUACGCAGAAAAGAUUGGAAGUCUUUGCUAUAGUUUUGUACCCAGCUACUAGGAAAUGUACCAGUGGUACUAUACCCACAUCAAUAUACUUCACCCGAAAAGGUCCAUAUAGAAUCCAUAGCAGAGAUGGCCUCUGUCCAAUUGGAGACCUUCAAACCAGACCAACAAGGUCUAGUUUGACUCGUCCUUCACUUCUUUCUGUUCCCUCAGUCCCCAUGAAUAACUGGAGGAGGUUAGGGAGUACAUCUUGUGGUUGCCUAGCAACAAGACCUGUUAUUCUUUGCCCUUCUUCCCUCACCCCACUAGCAAAAUCUCCAGAUUAGGUUUAUUCAUUGGUAUCACAGCUAGUGAGAGCAAGCAGCAGACCACAGGGUGCCCCCUUGCUUGCAGCUAACUGGAACUUAACUUUUGCAUUUCUUCCAUGGACAGAGAAGCUUCAUCUGCUACAAUACCACAUUCCACUUAUUAACUUUCACAUACAAACAAUUACCUGGGUAGUGAAAUGUUUUCUGGACUGUUUCCCUAAGCUGCAGGUGACGGGUUACAUAGCUGAGUACUUCAUAAUUAAAAGCAAAACUACUCUGCAACAUAGAAAACUGGGUAUGAGGGAGACGUCAUAGGUCUGGUUCACACAGCCAUUCAAAUCUAGAUUUGGGUUUGGUCCAUAAACCACCUUGGCAUGGAUUCACACAAUAAUGCUAAUGUGGGUAAUCCACAUUAAACCUAGAUUUGAAUGAUUGUGUGAUCAAGCCUAAAGUGUAGCCUUCUAUUUGCAUGCUAGCCCUGGGGUUCCCAGUCUUGAAUCCCCAGAUGUUGUUGGACUGCAACUUCCAUCAUCCUCAGCCACAAUAGACUUUGGCCACUGUGUGGGAGUUGUAGUCUAGCAUCAUCUGGGGACCCAACGCUGGAAACCACUUCUCCUGGGAAGAAGCACUCAGCUAUGCAAUCCCCUACCUGUAGCCUGAAAUGGUACUGUCCAAGAGCAGUUUUACCAUCUUCUUUUUGUGCAAACUCGGCAUUUGACAAUAGCUUCUUCCAUCUAAUAUGGAAUACUCUUUCAUCUUUAAUCCUCCAAAUAACCUCUAUGCCACCUGGCACCAACAACCACUGACGUUGGUUAUCCCUGUGUAAGAAUUCUCUCUCAUACUCGCAUGUUGAACAUAUAGAGCCCUUUCUCACGAUCCAUGAGAAGGGCAUGACGGGGCGAGGGGAGGAAGCCUCGAAAAGCUUACCUCUCCAUAGAUGAUCCUCUUCUUAUUGCUGGGUGGGCGGAUUACCCGCCGAGACUAUUGCUGUCUUCUGCCGGCAAGUGUACAGUGCAUUAUGGAGAGUCCGAUGCUGGCUGGGAGGCUGCUGGCGUGGGCGUUGUGCAGAGCCACAUGGCACCAACACACGAUCAAUUAGCCCAGGCUCAUGGUGCAUUUGCAUCCUUAACCCAGGCUAACGGCUGGGGCUCCCUUGCAGGUUUGCUGCUAUGCCGCCAGCAGGAGUCCCGUGGCUCCUGGCCAUUCUCACGUGCAGGCUAACCUGGGCUGGGCUUCCCUAGCCUGGUUUUGCCUACACGUGAGAACAACCUCAUAAUGUUCUCGGUGACUUUAGGAGCUCUUCAUAUCUUAUCCAGUUACAGAAGACAAAGUUGGUAUUGUGUGUCCUUGUCAAGGGAGAAGUGUGUGUUCCUUAGGAUAUAGCUCCAUAUUCUGUUUCUUCCAACAUCUGCAUUAAGACUGGGUGUUUAGUUGCUUAACAGGAACAUGGAAAGAUUCAUAACUUAUUUUCCUGUCACAGACACAUAAGGAUGUUUUGAGUAUCUUAUAUUGAAACACCGAUGUUUUUAUCACAGCUGGGUCAAGCUUGGGUCUGAACUUGUACUCCUCUUUGCCAGUUGCCUGCUCCUAGCUAAUCGUCUCACUUCAUUUCUCUUAACCUGACUACUUUUGGUUUGGCAAAGAUUCUGUGUGACCUAGAGUAGUUGCACUUUGUACUACUGGAUUGCAAGGGACAGAAUGCCAUCGCUUUACAAAGACCUUAAGCUCAGUGGUUUCAAACAGAGUUGCGUAGAGUCUCAUUCUAUUUAUGUCAACUUUCAGAGCUUUUCUGUAACUCUGGGAAACUUAAAAAGGGGAAAUUAUGGAAGUGGUGAGUCCUGGUGUGGGGGAGGAAAGUGGAGGGCCUUAACCAUGGCAUGGAGAAAGAGAGGUAUGAUGCAUUAUUCUGAUGUUAGCAAAACCAGGGCUGGUAAAUCAGCUUAAAAGGGAAAAACUGGCAACAAGGGUACACUCCACUAUCCAGUGUAAUUCCUGAGGAAGCAAUCCAACAGUAUUCUGCAGGGAGCAGUACUGGAAAAUGGAGCCCAUUUCUCAAGGAAAGGAUAUGGGAUCUCAUUAUUGCAACCUGAACACCUUUUGUGCCCCAUUGGCUAAGGCAGGGGUUCCUAACCUUGGGUCCUCAGAUUCUGUUGUACUACAAUUCCCAUCAUCCCUAGCCACAAUGGCCAAAGGCUGGGGAUGAUGGGAGUUGUAGUCCAACAGACUCUGAGGACCCAUGGUUGAGAACCCUUGGGCUAAGGAAUAUGUGGUACUUGCCAAAUAAGUAGAACAAGCCCUUUAAAGUCUAAUUUAUAAAUACCAAUAUUAAUAUUUUUUUUUGUAAGAAUAAAUCAAAGUGUACAUUCUGAAAUCAUUUUCUCUGUAAAUGGUUGGAUUUCAUUUCACCCUUAAAGGGAUGUUUAAAGGAGGAAAUAAAACAAAUUGCAAACCAUGAAGGGA